AUGGAGGCAUUGACAACGUUGAAGAAUGAGAAGAGGGUGAAGCAGACAAAGAUCUAUGGGAUGAUAGUGUUUGUGGGACUACCACUACCUCCAACCAAGAUAAAAAGAGAAAAAUCAAUGACUGUGCAAAACUGUGGGCGAAUGGUUCAUGUGACUAAAUUGUGUCCUGAAAUGUACUGGAAAAGUGAGUAG